AUGGCUAAUCUUCAUACCCACACAAUUCCUCAAACAAUCCAUACUCUCAACUUGGCUGUCCCCGACGACAAAACGGCUAUUUCCACUCCUAAAAUUGACUACCAUCCUGUCACCAAGGUGACAUCAGAGGAUGCAUUCGACAUCGUUGUGCACUCUGGCAAGAUGGUUGUCAAGGCCAAGACGGUCGAAGAGUCAAUCGCGGCCGCCAAGUUAGCAUCGGCCAUCACCGAGCAACAGAGGUGCGCCCGGGCCGCGUACAUGCGGUCCCUUCGUGUACCGGUCAUCACGGCCGGCCUUGCCGUGGCUGGCGUCGCCGUCUAG